UGCCGGAAGCGCUUCCCGUUCUGAGGUUUCUGGGCCUUGUCUGGUGGUCGUAGGCUCUGAGGUCCAUUACAUUCUGUCGAGACGGUGUGGGAACCUCCCCUGUUUAUCUUCAAUCGCAGGAACUCUAAUCUAGCAGAGAAGAGACGGUAGAUGAGUUAAUAGCACUGCGGGGAAAGCGAAGGAGGUAGUGGCUGGUUUUUUUAGGGAUGUGUAUUCGAACUGGCUCUUGAAUCUGCGCCUAAUGCGUGCCUACUUGAAGGAAAGAAAGCAGGAUUCGGUUGUGUUGGAGCAAAGACUAUCCUGAUCGUGGCCGUCGUAUUCAGUACGUUGUAAAGAAGCAUUAAAAAAUGUGACUGUCAAGACUGGUAGGGACCAAGUAAAAAGUUGGAGAGAAUGGCAUUUAGAAGUAUGGCUGAACGUAAUGACACCGCCCUGUGUCUCCUAGCCACUCUGAAGGCUGAAGCCAGAGGAUUCGUUGCAUCCUGAAGGUCUAGGCCAGUGUGGACAACUCAGAGGAGAGCGGAGCAAACACAAGGGGAGUGGUCUUAGCACCUUGAUGGUAAAACUGCAUCUUUAUAGCUGCUGCCUCAUCAUAGCAUUGGCAGUGUCUAACAGAAAAGGCAAAAUUGGAACUUUUCUCAGAACUGGAUGUUUGGAUGUUGGAAUUUGGUUAUAUAUCAGGAUCCCAGCAUUCUGGUGGUAGAGGCAGAAGGACCAAAAGUUCAAGACCAUCCUGUUACAUCCCAAGUUUGAGGCCAGCUUCAGCUACAUAAGACCCUGUCACAAAUGAAAGAAUUUGAGGCCAACCCAUAGCCUACACAGCAAGGAGUUGUCUUGAGAGGUUUUCACAGUUGAGAGCACAGAAUAAAGCAGGAUGUCUGUGGACCCGAUGGCCUAUGAGGCCCAGUUCUUUGGCUUCACCCCACAGACUUGCCUGCUAAGGAUCUACAUAGCAUUUCAAGACCACCUGUUUGAAGUGAUGCAGGCUGUUGAACAGGUUAUCCUAAAGAAGUUGGAGGGCAUUCCAGACUGUGAGAUUAGCCCUGUCCAGACUCGUAAAUGCACAGAGAAGUUUCUUUGCUUCAUGAAAGGACGUUUCGAUAAUCUUUUCGGCAAAAUGGAACAGCUGAUUUUGCAGUCGAUUUUGUGUAUUCCCCCAAACAUCCUGCUUCCUGAAGAUAAGUGUCAGGAGACGAAUCCUUUCAGUGAAGAAAAAUUCCAUCUUCUCAAACAGGAAAUCAAAGAGUUACAGGAGAAAUAUAAAGUUGAAUUAUGCACUGAGCAGGCCCUUCUUGCAGAAUUAGAGGAGCAAAAAACUGUUAAAGCCAAACUCAGAGAGACCUUGACUUUCUUUGAUGAGCUUGAAAACAUUGGUAGAUAUCAAGGAACUAGUAACUUUAGGGAGAGUUUGGUGUCCCUGGUCCAGAACUGCAGAAAACUCCAGAACAUUAGAGACAAUGUAGAAAAACAAAGCAAAAGACUGGAAACAGUAAUUUCUCAGUAGUGAAAAGAGGGGGCAUGUAAAUGGGUAGCUUUUCUUUGUUUACUCUUAUGUUUAAGGUCUUUUGGGGCCACAUUCCCCUCCUUUCCUAGAUUACACAAAGCAAAUCAGCAGAUCUUCUAAAUUGCAUGUUCCAGUUCAGAUUUCUAAAGUGGAACUUGUGUUCAUUUGCUUUUCUCCCUCUGAAACUUGGGUUGGCUGUCCUCACGUCUGGUAAUGUCUCCUGUUCUUUUGGGAUUGUACCCAUUUUGCUGUUAGGGAUGUUUUAGUAUGAUUUCAGGAGGGAAUAGAAUCUUCAUGGAACUGGA